ACAUAAUUAAUUUAAAUUAACGAGCAAGCACAUGUUAAAACCAUAUGAUGGUUAUAGUAUUGGAACCAAGUGUAUCUCAAUUUGCUCAAACUAUAUUAAAUAGUUUAUUGUCAUAUGAUAAUCUCAAUCAAUUCUUACAGAAAAUUUAGGGUAAUAAACUUAAUGACUAUAUAAAUUAUACUAAUUGAUAGCCUCAAGUAUAUUUAUUAAUCAAUAUCAAGAUAUUUCUGGGUUAGAAACAGGUACAAUAUUCUCUUUUUUUUCUAGAAAGAUAUUAUUAUAACCUAUUUUUUAAGGCGAAUAAAUAACCAAUGGAUUUUAAAGCAAUAUCACUG